CUUCAAACAUUGUCAUGGACUGGAACACUCUUCCAGACAAUUUACCGGUGCCUGUAGACGAUGGAGCUGCAGAUCAUCUUACAGCACAAUGUGAUCCCGCAGAGAUUGCUCAUAUAAAUCUCCCAGCCACCUCCGGUUCCCCUGUCAAUAUCUACACGGAAUCUUUAGAAAGACCAGUUCUCUUAUUCAUAUACCCUCGCACAGGGCAACCGGGAGUGCCCAAUCCGAAUGGCUGGGACGAUAUUCCCGGUGCUAGGGGAUGCACGCCAGAAUUGUGCAGUAUCAAAGAUUCAAUCGAAUCUUUACUGCAGCUGACACCUCGCCCUGCAAUUUUUGCACUGAGCACUCAGGGUACUGCGUACCAACUAGAGGUUGCAACCCGUUUGAGUCUUCCAUAUCCGAUCUUGAGUGACGAGGGGCUUGAGUUGACUCGCGCCUUGCGUUUACCUACUUUUGAAGUGCAAGGGGAGACGUUGUUGAAGCGCAUAACUCUUCUUUUUGACAAGGGGAGGGUGGUGGGGUUGCAGUACCCAGUGUUUCCUUCGAAUCAGGCUGCACAAGACGCACAGAAGCUCUUUAACCUUUGAGCCUGAAGUACUAUCCGUUAUACCACUUCCCCAGUCAUAAUUACGGAAGUUUUAUGACUGAUCUGCUGUCGGUUGAUUUUGCGUGAUUUCAAAGUUCACAGAAAUGCUGUCCUACAAAGGUAUUGUCAACUCACAGACCUCGCACUCCAGUUUUAUCGCGCGCCGGUUCAUGUACUUGCGCGGAAAAACCUUCUCCCCAACGCUGUGGUCGGGCAUGCGGUUCGGGCCGCCGAAGCUGCCGAAACUUAAGAACACAUUUUAGUUUUGCACUUUGCACGUGGUUU